AUGUCCGCCAACGAAUUCUAUGCCGCGGGCCCGCAGGGUGAAAGAACAGAUAUCCCUCAACAAGAAGCUUUGAGUCAAAACCAGGAACAUCAAAGUCAGCAACAAUAUGAUCAGGACGGGCAACAGACUGAUCGCAGCUUCUCUUCGUCGCUCCUCUCUGGCACCAUGGGUAAGAAGACACACGGACAUGGUGUCCUGGACAUCAUUGGAAACCAGAUUGGCCAAAUGAUUUCGGGCAAGUCGCACGGUGGAAACCACGGCAGUGGACAUGGAAACCAAGGCUAUGGGCACAAUGGAAACCAGGGUUAUGGGAACAAUUACGGAAAUAACUAUGGAAAUCAGAGUUAUGGAAACAACCACGGAAGCCAGAGCCUGCAUGGUUCUGGUGGCUUGAUGGGCUCAUUGCUCAACGCAGGCAAGCUGUUUAUGAACAAACAAGGUGGUCAUAACAAUGGCGGAAACUACAGCGGCAACCAUGGUAGCAACCAUUAUGGCGGGGGCCCAAACAACUAUGGUGAAUACGGAAAUGGGAACUACAACGGUGGAAACCAUGGUAACCAUGGAGGAUAUGGGGGCGGUCAGAACAAUUUCAGCAAUGGAAAUUCGUGGGGCUAUAAUGACGUCAACAAUGGCCAAGGAGGCUACAGAAGAUAG